GGAAUCUAUGGCACGAGGCCUGAUGGCAUGCUCUGGGGCUUGCUUAGGCGAGAUCUCUUGAGGUUCCUGUAGCACGUUUUGAAGGGUGUAGACGGUCUGCAAGGGGAUCAGCUUCUGCGGAGGGGCUUCCGCAGUCCUUUCGCGGAGGGAAGAAGUGCUGCCGCCGGCUUUAAACCCGAAGUGCGGGAGCGAGACGACCUGAAGGAAUGGGACCAGCGCCUACUGGAGCACAGCUUUGCGGAGCUGCUGGGGAUCCGGAGAUGAUGGAGCCAGCUCUGGAAAGCACAGUCAAGGAGAGGCAGAAGGAAUCCUCAAAGAAGCGUACAGUGGCUGGAUCUUCAGCGGAAGGCCUCCUGCAGCCGGUGAAGCUUAGCCGAGCAGAACUGUACAAGGAACCUACCAGUGAGGAGCUUAAUCGCCUUAGGGAGACUGAGAGCCUGUUCCACUCCAGCUUGCUUCGUUUACAGGUGGAGGAGCUACUGAAGGAAGUGAGGCUGUCAGAAAAGAAGAAGGAGCGGAUUGAUGCUUUUCUACGGGAUGUCAACCAACGGAUCAUGAGAGUGCCCUCAACCCCUGAAACAGAGCUGACUGACCAGGCCUGGCUCCCAGCUGGGGUUCAAGUCCCUCUCCACCAAGUGCCGUAUUCUGUGAAGGGCUGUUUCCGCUUCCUGCCCCCAGCCCAGGUCACUGUUGUAGGCAGCUACCUUCUGGGCACCUGCAUCCGACCGGACAUCAAUGUGGAUGUAGCACUGACCAUGCCUAGGGAGAUCCUACAGGACAAGGAUGGGCUGAACCAGCGCUACUUCCGCAAGCGUGCCCUCUACUUGGCCCACUUGGCUCACCAUCUGGCCCAAGACCCCCUUUUUGGCAGUGUUCGUUUCUCCUACAGCAAUGGCUGCCAUCUGAAACCAUUGCUGCUACUGCGGCCUCAUGGGAAGGAUGAGCACUUGGUCACUGUACGUCUCCACCUGUGCCCUCCAUCUGACUUCUUCCGUCCGUGCCGCCUGCUGCCUUCCAAGAACAAUGUGCGCUCCGCCUGGUUUCGAGGGCAGAGUCCUCCAGGGGAUGGUAGUCCAGAGUCCCCCACCCCCCACUAUAACACAUGGAUUCUACAGGACACAGCCCUCGAAUCCCAUGUGCAGUUGCUAUCAACUGUGCUGGGCUCAGCCUUGGGGCUGAAGGAUGGUGUGGCACUUCUGAAGGUCUGGCUACGGCAGCGAGAACUGGAUAAGGGCCUAGGAGGGUUUAGUGGGUUCCUGGUCUCCAUGCUGGUUGCCUUCCUUGUGUCCACACGCAAGAUCCAUACCACCAUGAGCGGCUACCAGGUCCUGCGAAGUGUCCUGCAGUUUCUGGCCACCACAGAUCUGACAGUCAACGGGAUCAGCUUAUGUUUCAGCUCAGAUCCCUCCUUGCCGGCCCUGGCUGACUUCCACCAGUCAUUUCCUGUUGUCUUCCUGGACUCCUCAGGCCGUCUCAACCUUUGUGCUGAUGUCACUGCCUCCACUUACCACCAGGUGCAGCACGAGGCACGGCUGUCAAUGGUGUUGCUGGACAGCAAAGCUGAUGACGGAUUCCAGCUGCUGUUGAUGACUCCCAAACCCAUGAUCCGGGCUUUUGACCACAUCCUGCAUCUCUGUCCACUGAGUCGUCUGCAGGCAGCAUGUCACCGGCUGAAGCUAUGGCCAGAGCUGCAGGACCAUGGUGGGGACUAUGUCUCAGCUGCUUUGGGUCCACUAACCACCCUCCUGGAGCAGGGCCUGAGAUCCCGGCUGCAUCUGCUGGCCCACUCUCGGCCCCCAGUCUCUGAGUGGGACAUCAGCCAGGAUCCACCAAAGCACAGAGACUCUGGGACCCUGACGCUAGGAUUGCUCCUCCGACCUGAGGGGCUGACCAGUGUCCUUGAGCUGGGUCCAGAGGCCGACCAACCCGAGGCUGCUGAUUUCCGCCAGUUCUGGGGAUCUCGCUCAGAGCUUCGGCGUUUCCAGGAUGGAGCCAUUCGGGAAGCUGUGGUCUGGGAGGCAGUCUCUAUGUCCCAGAAGCGACUUAUUCCCCACCAGGUGGUCACCCACCUCUUGGCACUCCAUGCUGACAUCCCAGAUACCUGUGUCCACUAUAUGGGGGGCCAACUGGAUGCACUGAUUCAAGGUUUGAAAGAGACCUUCAGCACAGGAGAGGAGGCCCUGGCAGCCGCAGUGCGUUGCUACGAUGAACUCAGCCGCUUGCUGUGGGGCCUGGAAGGUCUCCCAUUGACUGUGUCUGCUGUGCAAGGAGCUCACCCAGUGCUGCGCUACACUGAGGUAUUCCCCCCAACUCCAGUCUGGCCAGCCUACUCCUUUCAUGAACGCCUUCGAGAGCGGGCCUCACUGUUGCCCCGGCCUGACAAGCCCUCUCCAGCCUACGUGGAGCCCAUGACUGUGGUAUGUCACCUGGAGGGCAGUGGUCAGUGGCCACAGGAUGCUGAGGCCAUACGGCGGGUUCGAGCUGCCUUCCAGCUGCGCCUGGCAGAGCUGCUGAUGCAACAGCAUGGGCUGCAGUGCCGGGCCACAGCCACACACACUGAUGUCCUCAAGGAUGGGUUUGUGUUCCGGAUUUGUGUGGCCUACCAGCGGGAGCCCCAGAUCCUGAAGGAGAUACGGAGUCCCGAAGGGAUGAUCUCAUUGAGGGACACACCUGCUUCCCUCCGCCUUGAGAAGGACACAAAACAGUUGCCCCUGCUCACCAGUGCCUUGCAUGGACUCCAACAGCAGCACCCAGCCUUCUCAGGUGUGGCUCGGCUAGCCAAGCGGUGGGUGCGUGCCCAGCUUCUGGGUGAGGAGUUCACUGAUGAGAGCCUGGACCUGGUGGCUGCUGCCCUUUUCCUGCACCCUGAGCCCUUCACUCCACCCAGCUCCCCGCAGGUGGGCUUCCUUCGGUUCCUUUUCCUGGUAUCAACCUUUGAUUGGAAGAACAACCCCCUUAUUGUCAACCUCAACAAUGAGCUCACUGUGGAGGAGCAGGUGGAGAUCCGUAGUGGCUUCCUGGCCACUCGGACACAACUCCCCGUCAUGGUCAUCAUUACUCCUCAGGAUCGCAAAAGCUCUAUAUGGACACAAGGUGGACCCUCACCCCAGAUCCUACAGCAGCUCGUGGUUCUGGCAGCCAAGGCCUUACCUAUUCUAGAGAAGCAACUAUUGGAUCCCCGAGGACCUGGAGAUAUCAGGACAGUGUUCCGGCCACCCUUGGACAUGUAUGAUGUGCUGAUCCGCCUGUGUCCCCGUCACAUCCCCCGGCACCGCCAAGCUGUGGACUCGCCGGCUGCCUCCUUCUGCCGUGGCCUGCUCAGGGAACCAGGGCCCUUGUCCCUGAUGCCCGUGCUGGGCUAUGAUCCUCCUCAGCUCUAUCUGGCACAGCUCAGAGAGGCCUUUGGGGACCUGGCCCUUUUCUUCUAUGACCAGCAUGGUGGAGAGGUGAUUGGUGUCCUCUGGAAGCCCACCAGCUUCCAGCCCCACCCAUUCAAGGCCUCCAACACAAAGGGGCGCAUGGUGGUGUCUCAAGGUGGGGAGCUGGUGAUGGUGCCCAAUGUCGAAGCAAUCCUGGAGGACUUUGCCGUCCUGGGCGAAGGCCUGGUACGGGCUGUGGAGGCCCGAAGUGAGAGGUGGACUGUAUGAUCUCCAGUCUUAGGAACAAGCUGUAGAUGGACAGUAGGACGUUAGACCUCUGGAACAAGGUGUCAGUGGUGGGACCCGCGCCCUCAUUGCAUAUGGAUCCUCCAAUGGAGAACCUGCUGGCCUGAAUGUACUGAAUUGUCCCCAACAGAAGUCCUGCCCCAAUUUUCUGUCUAAUGCCCCAGCAUUGGGGCAGGGGCCAUGGCAUCCUCCGGAGUUCCCUGGACCUGACUGAACUCCCAGAAGAUGAGUGGGAGCCAGCUCAGCGAGGGAACUGACCGAACCCAGGAGAUCCAUUUACCUGUCAGUUCUGGCCUGGCUUCGUUUUUAUUUGUCUUCCUAGGCUGCUCCCAGAAGCCUGGAGAGGAGGGCAUGAGCCCAGAGCUGGGACUCUGUCCCCUUUCCAUUGCCAGGAUGUGUGUCUGCACCUCAACACGCCUUUCAGUGUGGUGUUGAUCUUUAAAUGGGGCCCAGAGAAGAUGUAGUACUCCCUGAGGGUCACGGAGUACCAGCAAUGAGCAGUGGAGGGGAGCUGGGAGAUCGCAUUGGAGGGGCGUAAUGCCUGCCUGUGUUGGUUCUGCUGCUUUCCAGGACAGGGACAUGGAAGAGCAGAGGACAGGAAGAGGCCAGCUGGGUGAAGGGGUGAGGGAGAGUGGUGGCUCCCCAGUCCAGGAGAGACAUAGAAGCACAGAGCGCUGCCCUGGCCUGCCAGUGCCAGCCUCCCUCCACCUCUGUGCCUCUGCCCAUUCACGCCGCUUACCACCUUCAGCGCUUACCACCUUCAGUGUGCUGCAGUGGGGGCGCGGGAGCGAGCUACGCCACGUCCUGCUCCGGGGGCUUCAGUGCCCGGCGGGAGGCGGAUGCUGCUUCCUGUCAGCCUGAUCCACACGCCCUUCCGGCAGCCUCCCUUCUCCAUCUUCCUUCUGAUUUUCUGGACUCGCAUCAAAAGUGCCUUCUCCUUAAACCCAACUCACUCCCCCAGCCUGGGAACCUCUUUCCUUCCUCAAAAAUACUAGAGCAGUUACUGUCUGUCCAGUUCACUUUGCAGUCACGAGUAGCAUCAAGAACUGUUGUCUUAAAUUCUAAAAUUAAAUUACUUACU